ACAACCGAGCAGGUCGCCGUCCCCUGGCACGAUUAAUUUAAACAAUUUGUCGAAAAUGCUUAAUUCGACAAUUCUACACGUCUCUAUAGUCUCCCAUAGUCUUGACUCCAUGAAUGAACCGAAAUCAUGCGCUUAGACCACGCUUUUAGCAGAGGAAAUCAAUCUGUUCCGUGGAUUCUCGGAUGGUGAUUGCGGUUUGUGCUUCAGAUUGUAACAGCAGCCUCGGAGUUCCUCCUUUUGGGGUUAUACAGAGUCGUGGAUAGAUGGAGAACCCUACAGCUUCAGCUCAAGUUGCUGAAAGAACAGAGCAGUUACCACUAGCAAGUCAAUGGCAAAAAGGCCAGCUUAUUGGGCGUGGCACUUUUGGAAGUGUUUACAUUGCUAGCAACCAAGAAACCGAAGCUCUGUGUGCAUUGAAGGAAUUUGAGUUAUUGCCUAUCGAUCCAAAUUUGGCUGAGUGCAUGAGGCAGUUAAAGCAGGAAAUUGACGUACUUAGCCAGCUUAGACAUCCAAACAUUCUGCAGUAUUAUGGCAGUGAAAUUGUCGAGGAUCGGCUUAACAUAUAUCUAGAAUAUGCACAUCAAUGUUCGAUAGACAAGUAUAUCCAGGAGCAUCUUGGGGCCCUAACAGAAUCGGUUGUCCGCAAUUUUACACACCAUAUUGUGACUGGAUUGGCUUACCUGCACGCUAACAACUCCAUACAUGGGGAUUUAAAGGGAGCUAAUUUAUUUGUGGAUGCAUCUGGGAUAGUCAAACUUGCUGACUUUGGGAUUGCCAAACAUCUAACUGGACAAGCAGCUUACCGCUCUUUGAAGAAGUGUCUAAACUGGAUGGCUCCACAGCUCAUACAAUCCUUGAUGGCGAAUGAUAACAGCACGGAUCUCGAUCAUACUGCUGACAUCUGGAGCUUGGGAUGUACUAUUAUCGAAAUGGUAACUGGGAAACCUCCUUGGAGUGAGUAUGAGCAGGCUGCGGCUAUUUUUAAGGUGAUGCGAAGUUCUCCACCAAUACCCGAGUCUUUAUCCGCCGAGAGAAAGGAUUUCCUGCAGUGCUGCUUUCGAAGACAGCCUGCUGCGAGGCCUUCAGCUGCUAUGCUACUUAAGCAUGCUUUCCUGCAAAUUUGAAGUUGCAGAUGACUGACUUUUUUCAUGAGCCAAUACGUUGUUGCGAAAGGGAUGUUGUACUGUAAAGUUUCAUAUUUACUAAACCAAAAGGAUCACAAGGUCCAUAGAUGGGA